AUGGCUGAGCUUCAAGGGGUGCUUAACCCACACAGAGCUGCAUACUACUACUUGGAAGUUGUAGGAAAGUACCCAAAGGUCCUAGUAAAAAGGAAGGAUUAUAGCAAAUUGCUAUCAAAGGAGUCAGCCGAAUACUACAAGAAAAACGUGAAGUGCCAGGACACACAUCACCUAUGUGCACUUACAAAGGGCCAGGCUAUGAACCUAAGGUGGCACCGAGAACGACGAGUGCGUAUAACGUAUUCUAUGGCGCACACAAUACUGAGAACGAGAAAGGCCCCUGCUGACUUGGUAAACACACUACUGAGAACGACAAGCUUUUCAUCGGAAGCCACAACAUAUGUUACGCCUUCAAAAAUUUGUUUAUGGUUUCACUUAAAAGUUAUUUCUCUUUCAGGCAUAAAGAUGGAAGCACUUGCCCGGAAGGAGUUUCAAGAUAAAGUUUCUGUACAGGUUAUAGAAACUGGAUUGGUGCUGCACUCUCUCCAGCCGUGGCUUGCUGGCAGCCCAGAUUGCCUCUUCCUAUCCAACCAGAAGCCAUCAUUUGUGCCAUACGUAAAAUAUGUAAAUGGUAGACUGACCCUCCUGAAGAGUCAUAAGUAUUACACACAAGUGCAGCUGCUAAUGUAUGUGUGCAACGUUCAGAGCUGCUAUUGUUUUGUUUAUUCAAGUAAGCAAAGGAUAAUAAUAGAUAUUGAAAGAGACAACAGUUUCCUGUGUGCAUCAGUGCGAGCACUAGAGGAAUUUUACUUUGCUUGGCUACUGCCAGCAUUUGCUAGAUGGCGGCGAGUGUAGU